GGCGCGGAGCGGGAGGCCGUCGUUAAGAUGGCUGUUGUGCGCGGAGCGCCGCCGCUGUAGCGCCGCGAGGAGCCGCCCGCCCGCUCCGCUCCGCCGCGUCCGCCAUGGAGUGUCCGCACCUCGGCUCCAGUGUCUGUAUCGCGCCCGAUUCGGCCAAGUUCCCGCAGGGUUCACCCUCUUCCUGGUGCUGCAGUGUGUGCCGGUCAAAUAAAAGUCCCUGGGUCUGUCUGACAUGUUCGAGUGUCCAUUGUGGAAGAUAUGUGAAUGGCCAUGCAAAAAAGCAUUACGAAGAUGCACAGAUUCCUAUGACCAAUCAUAAGAAAACAGAAAAACAGGAAAAAGUUCAGCAUACUGUGUGUAUGGAUUGCAGUAGUUACAGUACAUACUGUUAUCGCUGUGAUGAUUUUGUAGUCAAUGAUACCAAGCUGGGCCUGGUACAGAAGGUGAGAGAGCACCUACAGAACUUGGAAAAUUCAGCCUUUACAUCAGACAGACAUAGGAAAAGAAAACUAUUGGAAAACUCGUCUCUGAACAGCAAGUUAUUGAAAGUAAAUGGAAGCACCACUGCCCUUUGUGCCACAGGCCUUCGGAACUUGGGGAACACUUGUUUCAUGAAUGCAAUCCUCCAGUCGCUCAGUAACAUUCAGCAGUUUUGCUGUUACUUCAAAGAGUUGCCUGCAGUGGAGCUGAGGAAUGGGAAGACAGCAGGGCGGCGAACAUACCACACCAGGAGCCAGGGGGAUAACAAUGUUUCACUUGUGGAAGAAUUCAGAAAGACACUCUGUGCUUUAUGGCAAGGAAGCCAAACUGCGUUUAGUCCAGAGUCUUUAUUUUACGUUGUUUGGAAAAUAAUGCCAAAUUUUAGGGGAUACCAGCAACAGGAUGCCCAUGAGUUCAUGCGUUACCUUUUGGAUCAUCUACACCUGGAACUCCAGGGUGGCUUCAACGGUGUUUCACGUUCAGUAAUCUUGCAAGAAAGUUCUAACCUGUCUGCAAGCAACAAAUGUUGCAUAAAUGGAGCGUCUACUGUUGUCACUGCCAUUUUUGGAGGCAUUCUUCAAAAUGAAGUCAACUGCCUAAUAUGUGGGACUGAAUCUAGAAAGUUUGACCCAUUCCUAGACCUUUCGCUAGAUAUUCCAAGUCAGUUCAGAAAUAAACGUACUAAAAAUCAAGACAGUGGACCAAUGUGCACGCUACGAGAUUGUCUUCGCAGUUUUACAGACCUGGAAGAACUUGAUGAGACAGAGUUAUACAUGUGUCACAAAUGCAAAAAGAAACAGAAGUCCACCAAAAAAUUCUGGAUUCAGAAACUACCAAAGGUGCUAUGCUUACACUUGAAACGCUUUCACUGGACAGCAUAUCUCAGAAACAAAGUUGAUACAUAUGUUGAGUUUCCCUUGAGAGGCCUAGACAUGAAAUGCUACUUGUUAGAGCCUGAAAACAGUGGCCCAGAGAGCUGCCUGUAUGACCUCGUGGCUGUGGUUGUGCAUCAUGGCUCAGGCGUUGGCUCCGGCCACUACACGGCAUACGCAGCGCACGAGGGCCGCUGGUUCCACUUCAAUGACAGUACUGUAACCCUGACCGACGAGGAGACUGUGGGUAAGGCCAAGGCCUACAUCCUCUUCUACGUGGAGCGCCAAGCCAAGCCUGGAGCAGAGAAACUUUAAUACCUCCUUUGCAUUCUUACUUAUCAAGUUCACCGGACAAACAUUUCCAUUUUUCCAUAAAUACUUGAUCCAAGACUUAUUAAUUUCAUUGUGCACUUUGCAAUUUCCUCUUGUGGGUUUUUGUUUUGUUGUGUCAAUGGUAGCAUUUGACUUACUGAACUUGGACACAAACUAACUUUUUUUUAGUUAUACCAGAAAACCUCAGCAGAUUUUGAUUUGCUGCUUUAGUUGUGAUAACUCAAUUUUUAUAUAUAUAGUUUAAUGAAAUAGUUAUUUGACUUUUUUAUUAAUGUUUUCAGUUCUCACUUUCUAAAGGCACAUUUACAUCAAAAAAACUGUCCUCCUUUCAAGCAAGAUAAAUGUGCUUUUGAUCGUGAAGAUCAAGCAAUACAACUUUGUGCUGUUCUCAGUCCUGUUAUGUAGACAUGAUUUAAUCUCUUUAAAUCAAGGAAUUGUUUGCACGUACUAUUUUCCCUCGUGCAAGAAGCUUAAACAGUGACCUCUGACCAAUGUUGUUUGUCUGCAGAAGAGAGGCAAUGUGGCACCAUUAAAUAGAUCAGGUAAUUGCUGCUAUAUUGGUGUGUAUUCAGGCUGAUGAAUUUCAGGAAUCAUUGUAAAUAAAGUUGGUCCAAUUGUAUCAAUACUGCAAUUUAAUUCAAGUGUUGCUUAGAUAUGCUCUGCCCCCUACCCCUUGCAAAUUUGAAACAAUUAUCUUAAAAUUACCUGUCUAAAUUACAUAUAGCUUUAUGAUUUUUUAACUGAACCUGAAAUGCAUUUAACAUCUCUUGGUUUAGACUGUCAUCUUGAAAUUUGAUCAUGAACACUUACGUGCUUGAAAAUUGGGGCGACUUCCUGGUAGUAGAAUCCCAAGUAGAACUCCUUAGUUCCUGGUGGGAAUUGCAAGCACAGCCCCAAGGGCUGGGGUUAGUGAGAACAAUGCUCUGCUCCAUGGCUACAGUUCACUUGGAAGCAGGAGGAGACAGAUGGGGUUGCAGGUGCUUUACACAGAAUUGUUCUAUCAGUUCAAAUGCAAACUCAAGGAAGGAUUCUCAGUCUCUCACAGCAGAGCCCACGGAGGGGAGGUGCUGAGCCAAGUGUGCUGGUUCCUGGAGCAGGCUCAGGGAGCUCCUGUGGCAUUUACACACUGGACCAGGGUGGCAUUUUUGUUCAGUCUGUAGGUGAACACCAGAGGCAUGGUGCAGCUUCUAAAACCUGGCUAUGUAAUGGAGUUGGUUUAGUUCUUCUGCUGAGUAGAAGUCAGCUACUAUGAUGGGAAAGGCAGACAGGAAAACCACUACUGCAAAAGCCAGAAUCUGACAGAAAACAUGACAUUUGAGAAACGUUGCAUUUCAGAUCUGUUCCCUCCUUUCUAGCUUUGGCUAAACAUUUGGCUUCCUUGUGCCAAACAAGGAGCUGGAUGCUCCUGAACUCUCAUUAAGAGGAGAAUACUCACCACCAGAGAAACUGGUAACUAAGAGCAGCUCUUAGUUGUGUUAACAGAAAAUGCAGUUAUCUGAAAACACACAAGAACUCCAGCUGUGAGUCCUAUUUUAGUUAAUGCCCCUGAAGGACAGGGAGGGGUGGGCUGGAGCAGGGCCCGGAGCAGCCUGCGGCACAGGGCGUGCACAGCAGUGCCCUGCCCUGGAGUCCCGCUGGCUGUACGCAGGCCAGGGUAAGGACAAAUCACAGGCAUUUGGUACAGGGCCAUUCUUGAGAGCUUUGUCACAGCAUCUUAAACCAGGAAAGGGGAAAAUUGGCUUAAUCUAAAACUGCAGAAAUCAUUCAGCAUAGCUAAUAGUUUUUGAAUAUGUACACAGGUUAAGACUAUAGAGUAAUUUGACAGUGUGACGUAUUUAUAAGUAUGUUUUCUACUUCAGUUGGACAGUAAAUAGAACUUGUCAUUGCUCUAAACUGUAGAUAGUUUGUCACCUUCCCUUCCUUACAGACAGAGCCUUUAUUCUAAUAAACAAAAAUAGGUUGCUGAUACACAAGCAGAAAACGGGGAAGUUAAAGCACAUUCCUGCCCUUCCUGCUGCUCAUAGGGAGCUGCACAGAUGUCACUUCUAGCUGUGUUUUCUCUGCAUGCUGCUUUGGACCAGCUUUCUUUAGAAUUUACCUUUGAGAAUAUCAAGCUUAAAAUACACAACUAUCUCUGGGCCAGCAGCAGUUGAACUUAAAAUAGCCAGGUGUACGCAGUGUUCUUGCAAAACAGUGAUGUAAAUGUGCCUUUCUGUAUUUUUAGAAAUUUAAAUCUGUAAUCUUCAGCAACAUUCACUUAUUUUAAUCAACUUCUACUUGUCAGCAAUUGUUUGGUCAGAGUUACGUUCUCAGUUAAGCAUUUUCUUUCAGUCCCAUUUGCUGUGUCCCAUGCAGCUCCUGGGUAGUGGUAUUUCCAGCAGGGCCAUGUGCAGCCAGCCUGGGAACACGAUGCAAUCACAGCAGGCUGUCCUUGCAGCAGGUGCUGCUCAGGACUCAGCCAUAUGCUUUGCUGGAACAAGUACAUUGUAAACCCUUUUCUAAUUUAACUUUUUCCCACUGCAAACCCUGAUGGACAGUAUGAACAGUUUGUUGUGGCAACACAAGUAUUUCUCUUCCUGGUGGAGAACUUUGCUUAUCCACUGUAUUCUAUUCAGUGUGGUGUCUGGAAAAAAAAAAAAAGUAACUGAGCACUGAACCAGUAACAUAUACUGCACCUGGCCUAGUAUUACCUUUUUAACCUAGCUUGUAUAUCCUAUAUUUAUGUACUAGCUUGGGGGAGGGGGGGGAAUAUCUCUUUCAUUUAAGCCAAAUGUUUCUUUUCUACUUAUUGCUCAUCAUAGUACACACUAGCCGGCAAGAAUUUUUUUCUUGUUUGACACUGCUCUGCAAGCAGCAACUGUUCUUGCAAGAAGCAAGUUCAAAGACUUGUAUCUUUUUCACCAAAAUGUGUCCAAUCAAAGGUUGUCCUUUUGUUAGUGAUUGUUUAGCCACGUAUACAACUGGAGCCCAGAUUUAUGUCAGUCAAAACUGCAAAAGGUCCAGCUCCUAAAUGUCAGCAAGAGAGUUUAAAAGUUUGAGACAGGCAGGGACAGUGGACUUGUAUCCAAAGUAGGAGGCCAUUUAUGAAGAUUUUACUAAAUCAAUGGGAAGUGUAAUACGUGGUGUUCAGAAGUUCCCCCAGCAGUGUUUCAUUACUGAUAUGUCUGUGUCUUACUGAUGAGGUAAUGGGCACCUUGACAGCUGAUUCCAACAUGCUUUAGGAUAUUCUGAAGUAUUGUAGUGCCAUAGUUGUAAUUGUUUACCAUUAAAAUCUUGUGUGUAAUUUUCAGUGAGGAUCACUGACUGUGCUCAUCUUGUGUGUUUCUGGAGCACUUCCAGGAUGAAUGGGAAUUAUAUCUCAUCACACAGUGUGUUUAUGGAAAAUGUGCCAUUAAAGUGUCUCCUUUCCUUAGAAAA